AUGGAUACAGCUGUAGAAAUGUUCAACUUCAAGCUUCGGAUCAAUGUGAAACCCAGGCUAAAAAAUACACUUCAUGAAUUAAACGAGGUGUAUGUGGUGAAGAAUGAUGAGAUUGUUUCACAGAGAGAUGAAGGAAGAAACAACACUAAAUUUGCAUUUUCUAGACAUCAUCCGAAAUAUUUUAAUAUGACUUUACAUUUAAAUGGGAUAAUGUUUGGAUCUGAAGAGAAUGAGACAACACAUAGUAUAUCCACUUACUCAUGA